CGCAAUUGUAUAAACAGAUAAUGAAAAUCCAGAAAAAGAUUCAGUUCACAUUAAAAUUUAGCAGUGAAAGUUCAUUACAAUUAAUCGACGUGAUAAUCGUGUCUAAAAAUGGAAAUUUACUGCAGUAUUAUCGCGGCAACAAUAAUAACAAUUAUCAUUUACAGUGUGAUAAAAUAUUCAUCAUCAAAAACGAAUUUAAAUUGUGAUAUAGCAUGUGUGCCGGGAAAAUUACCAUUUAUCGGACAUAAUUUGCCAAUUAUCACAAUGCGCUCUAGCUUUCUUUACAUGUUCAAUAUUGACUUUUACCAUUUGUUCCCAAAUAGCAGCAUGAUGGGUUAUUACAAUUUCUCCGUCCCCGGAAUAAUAAUCCGGGAUCCAAAAUUAAUAAAGCAAAUAAUGACCACGGAGUUCAUAAACUUUAGCAAAAACACCUCCUCCUUGGACCACAAUUUGGAUCCCUUGUUAUCGACAAAUCCUUUCUUCACUUCUGACGAUCAGUGGAAAAAAAACCGGACAAUACUGUUGAACGGACUAACCAGCCAAAAAUUGAAGGUAAUAGCCCUCGGGAUAAGCAGUGUCGCCGAUGAAUUCACAAAUUACCUCGAACAAUUGAUAACAUCAUCUUCUUCGAAAUCAGGAGCGAUAACAGUCAAUGCCCUGGAAUUGCUCUCUCGUUUUACUGCUCAAGUUGUAGCAAUAGGAGGAUUUGGAAUAAAUGGAAAAUCUUUUAAUACCGAAGAAACAGAAACUUUUGAAAGUAUGGUUAGACCAAUGUUACAACCGGGAAGUUUUUAUGAAUUUAUCAGCAUUAUUACUUUUUUCUUUCCGUUUAUAGCCAAAAUUUUACGCGUAAGAUUUAUGCCAAAGAAAAUUUACCAUUACUUUGUUAACAUCAUAAAAACCGUGCUGGAAGCUAGAUCAAACGGCAAUCAAAACCCACACAAUGACUUCAUUCAAAAAGUCUCCGAGUUUUGCAGAAAUGAAGAAACUGGAAAAAUUGACGAAGUUUUAGUUGCGUCUCACGCAGCCUCCUUUUUUCUCGACGGAUACAUAACCUCUGGAGUGACAUUAGCGUUCACAGCCUAUCAAAUCGCAAAGCAUGGAGAAGUCCAGGAGAAACUCAGGCAACAUGUGAUCGAAAUUCUGAAGAAAAAUGAUGGAAAGCUGACAUACCAAACGCUGGAAGACAUGAAAUACAUGGAACAGGUUAUAUACGAGUCAAUGAGACUCUUUCCGGCAUUGGGAUACUUGGGCAAAGUCUGUACCAAGGAAACAAAACUGGUUGGCUCUGAUGGUGUCGAGUGUUGUGUAAAACCAGGCACCGAGAUGAUAAUUCCUGUAUUUGGACUGCAUCGUGAUCAAAAGUAUUGGGACAACCCGGAAUUAUUUGAUCCAGAAAGAUUUUCACCGGACAAUGCUGGUAAUCUUAAUAAGUUCGUUUUCUUGCCGUUUGGGGGCGGGCCCAGGCAGUGUGUGGGAAUGAGGGUGGCCAUCAUGCAGAUGAAGGCUGCUUUAGCGAUGUUGGUUAAGGAUUAUUGGAUUGAGGUUGAUCGGAAAACUGAUGAACCUCUGAGAGUUCAUAAACUAUCGGGUCUGUUUACUGCCCCCCAUUCUGAUAUUUGGAUCAGAGUUUGUAAACUAAAAGAUCGGAAGUAGGAAAGGUGAAUUAAUGUUUCAGAAUUUGAAGAGAUUUAGAAGAAAAUUCAAUAAAUUUUUUUGAAUUUUUGAGAAUUAAUGAAAGAUCAAAAGUUGUUUAUUUUUUACAAUCAUCUUUUCAUACAAGCUAACUUUGAAUAUUCUAGUACAGUAUAAAACCAUUAGAAAUUAAAUCGAGUGCAUUGCAUGCUCUUGAAACAGCGACAAUAGAAUACAUGCUUCGUUUGAAGCGCCAGUAUAGAGAUUAAAUUCUAAAAUGGCCUCGAGGUACAUUUGCUUUAAAAAUUCAUAAAUGUCCGUUUACAUUCACUAAAAUUUAUUCUGUAACAAAAAAUCUAGCUU